AUGAUGAAUGACCAAUCUAUAAGUUUAAAAACAAGAAUAGAUUCAUUUGACGAAAGUACGAAAAAUAUAUCAAGAUCCAAAAAUAAAACAAUAGAAUAUAGUAAAAAAUUUUUGGACAAAAUAUCUAACAUCGGUAUAGAUGGUUUAAAAUCUGAUUUUGAUAAAAAUUGUUUUUAUUAUAACACCAAUUCUUCAUCACAAGAUUUUCUUAAAAAUAAAGAUGCAAAUAGAUUUGAAGAUAUACCAUGUAUAGAUCAAACUAGAAUAAUUUUAGAUCCAUUAAUAGGAGGAAAUGAAGAAGGUCCUGAGUUGUCUAAUUAUAUUCAUGCAAAUUAUGUUGAAAUACCAGAAUUAAAGUAUAAAUUUAUUACAACACAACUUCCAUUAAAAUCUACACAUAAUAAUUUUUGGAGAAUGAUUUAUCAAGAAAAUGCUUCAACAAUAAUUGUAUUUUGUGAUGAAGAAGAAAUUUCUAAUACUGAAGAUGUUCCUUUAAAAUUAUAUCCAAAUGAAAAUAAUGAAAAUAUUCAACUAGAAACAUUAUAUCUUAUGAAUAAAAAAAAUGGCACUACAUCAGGAUUUUCACAUUCAAUUGUUGAAGUUCUUCCAAAUGGUUGUUCAAAUUCAAAUGUUGUAAAAGUUAUUCAGACAAAUGUUUGGCCAAGAGAUUCUAUCCCAAACUCUCGUUUAAGAAUAUUACGAUUAUUAAGAACUAUUUCUGAACCAGUAUGUGUUCUUGUUUGUACUUCUGGUAUUGGAAGAAGUGGAACAUUUAUGUUAAUAGCUGCUAUGAAAGGUUAUAUUUCUAUGAAUAAAUUUUUUGAUGGAAUAGAAUUAUUUAAAAUUAUUAGAAAUCAACGAGCUUAUGCUAUUCAAUCUCAUAAACAUUAUAUAUAUGCAUAUACUGUAAUGAUGGAAUAUAUUAAAAUUAGAACUAAAGAUACAUUUAAUGAAAAAAUACUAGAACUUUUAUCAAGAUCAAUAAAAUAUAUUUAG